GCCGUACGGAGAACUUUAAAAAGCAGAAGUGUGACUUGAAAAUUAUUCCCUGAAAAUACAAAAAUGUUCGGAAGACAAGCCCCAAUUCUGGUUUUAAGCCAAAAUACCAAGCGAGAAUCCGGUCGAAAGGUUCAGCUGGAAAACAUCAAUGCCGGAAAGACAAUUGCUGACUUGAUUCGCACAUGUUUGGGUCCCCAAGCGAUGUUAAAAAUGUUGAUGGAUCCCAUGGGUGGCAUCGUGAUGACCAAUGACGGUAAUGCAAUCUUGCGAGAAAUCACCGUGCAACAUCCAGCUGCCAAAAGUAUGAUUGAAAUCGCUCGCACGCAAGACGAGGAAGUCGGCGAUGGCACCACCUCCGUCAUUGUCUUGGCAGGCGAGAUGCUUGCUGUAGCGGAGCCUUUUUUGCAUCAACAGCUGCAUCCGACUCUCAUUAUUCGUGCAUACCGUGAAGCCUUGGAAGACAUUAUCAAAGCGAUGGAAACGUGCAGCAUCGCCUUGGACCGCAACAACAAGAAACAGCUGCAAGAGGUCGUGAAAUCGUGCGUCGGCACAAAAUUCAUUGGGCGCUGGUCCGAUUUGGCGGUGCAAAUUGCCCUGGAUGCCGUCGAGACGGUAAUGUUGACGGAAAAUGGGCGCACGGAAAUCGAUUUGAAGAAAUAUGCGAAAGUCGAGAAGAUUCCCGGUGGCUCGAUCGACGAUUCGUGCGUUUUGAAGGGUGUCAUGAUCAACAAAGAUGUCACGCAUCCCAAAAUGCGACGUAUGAUCAAAAAUCCGCGAAUUGUGUUGUUGGAUUGCUCGUUGGAGUACAAAAAAGGCGAAAGUCAAACGAAUGUCGAAAUUGUGGGCGAACAAGAUUUCACGAAGCUCCUGCAGUUGGAAGAGGAAUACGUUGCUCGAGUUUGCGCCGACAUCAUUGCCGUCAAACCGGACUUGGUGUUCACCGAAAAGGGCGUUUCUGACUUGGCGCAACAUUAUUUAGUCAAAGCGGGCAUCACAGCAAUUCGUCGUUUACGUAAAACGGACAAUCUCCGUGUUGCUCGUGCCUGUGGCGCUACAAUUGUCAAUCGCACGGAAGAACUUACCGAGAAAGAUGUCGGCACGGGAUGCGGUUUGUUCGAAAUUAAGAAGAUGGGUGACGAAUAUUUCACUUUUAUCACGGAAUGCAAGGACCCGAAGGCAUGCACGAUCCUUUUGCGUGGCGCCUCGAAAGACGUUCUCAACGAAACGGAGCGAAAUUUGCAAGAUGCACUUCAUGUAGCUCGCAAUCUCGUACUUGAGCCGCGUCUUGUGCCCGGCGGUGGCGCCAUCGAGAUGGCAUUGUCACAAAUUUUGAACAAGAAACAAAUUCAGGGUCCGUACAAGGCAGUUGCGCAAGCUCUGGAAAUUAUUCCCCGUACUUUGGCGCAAAAUUGCGGCGCAAAUACAAUUCGUACUUUGACGGCAUUGCGUGCCAAACAUGCAUCGCAUGGCGAUACGGGACCAUGCACGUGGGGCAUUGACGGCGAAUCCGGCGAAAUUGUCGACAUGAAGGUCAAGGGCAUCUGGGAGCCGCUCUCCGUGAAGUUGCAAGUCUACAAGACAGCUGUUGAAACGGCAAUUUUGCUGCUUCGUAUUGAUGACAUUGUCUCGGGAUCGAAGAAACGAGGAGACGGGGAUGUGCCAGCUCCUUCCCAAAUGGCUGCAGGCGCCGAAUAAAUUAGAUCCAUACUUUUUUUUCUCACGUCAUGUAUUAUUAACAUUAUUUGUACGAUCAAUUAAUUUGCACUCACAUUAAAAAAUUUGUUUUGUUCAUCAUUAACCUUUUAAAAGCUUCGCAAAGUCACGCAUUGUACGUCACUUAAUAUUUUUUUUUUAAAUCAUGAAAAAUAAAAAAAAUAUCACAUUGCUACGAA